CAGAUUGGCCAACCUCCAGAGGACGAUCACUCUGUGAGCACAAACGGCAGAACGCUCAGAGCUGCCUGCUCGUGAUUUGUGUGUGUCGGCGUGUGCAGAUUUCCGGUCCUGCAACCCCCCCUCAACUGAACCUUGAGGGCAGAUGAUGUGUGAGUGGUGUUGGUGUAGGGUCCAUCUCCGGUGGUGAUAGUGUAGAAAUGGAAGAUCAAGUGGAAAAUAAGGAUUUCUCUCAAGUCCCAGAUGUGAAGAAGGUGCAUCCUAAAUCUGAAACCAAGCGAUACAGUGAAAUCUUCCGAGACUUUGAUAAUCUGGAUUUAUCAUUAAUUUCUUCUGAAGAUCUGCUAGCAGACAUCGACUCACCAUCCAUCGUAGAGUCCGUCUCUACAGGAAGCGGAGAUCUCACAGAGGAACAGGAAGUGUCUAGUCGUGCCGAGGCCGAUGACGCAGAUGGAAACCAACCAGCCCAGGAAGCAGACCUGGCCCUUUGUCGGUGUGAUGAUGGAGUGGAGACGGCGCUGCAGUACACAAAGAUGUGGUGCCGCUACGCCAAAGACCUCCUGGCCUGGAUGGAGAAGAGAAUCAGCUUGGAACAAGAGUUUGCCAAAAAUGUAAUCAAGACUGCUGAAGGAGCAAAAGUCAAUGUGGGGCAGCAGGAGAUGAUGCCCCUGCAGUACAUCUACACAAUGGCGCUAGAGCAAGACAUCAAGAACAGUCUCACUUCUAGAAAGACGUCAGAACUGCUACAAAACCGCUGUCACCAAGCCUUGGCUGCCAAGAAGAAUGAGAUCGACAAGUGGCGCAGAGAGUUUAAGGAGCAGUGGGCAAGAGAACGAAGGAGGAUGAACGAAGCAGUGGCGGCUUUUAAAAAGGCUCGUCAGCAGUACUUCCAGCGCUGUGAUGAGCUAGAAAAGGCUAAAGCUGUUUCUGCUAAAGCUGUAGACGACACAGCUGGAAUCAAAACACUGGAUAAGAGGCGGAAGUCCAAGGAUGAAGCCACAACUAAGGUGAUGGAGGCAGAGCUUCUGUACAGACAUUGCGUGACUGAUGCCAAGAUCCGCCAGGAUGAGUUAGUAAAGGUCAAAGAGAGAAUUAUUUCCCACAUUCGCAAGCUCAUCCUUCAGGGAGACACUGUGCUCAGGGAGGCCACAGUCAACAUGUUUUACUACCAGCGGCAGCAGACCGAGCCCGUCCCCCUCGGCUAUCACAACCUGGAGUUGACAUGCAGGUCCCUGGAGCCUGGCGAGCCCUACCUGCUCUACAUCCUCAGCAAGCGUCGCCCCGAACAACCUCUCCAGGUCUUUACCUUCCAGGAGUAUGCUCCUCAGUGCAAAGGGAACAAGCGAAAAACCAGCUACCCUCUCAGCUCCCUGCAGGACUCUUCACCUAUGACAGACGAUAGCCCUUCCAGACGACACAGCGAUGGCAGAAGAACAGGGCACAGUGACAGUGAGAGUUUUGGAGGCAGUUUGGAAUCUCUGUCCAGCCCUGCUCACACUAAUAGGAGGAUCCCUAAAACCGCACCCACUUUGACAAUAUCAUCAGACGACAUGGACGAACGGGAUAUGGCGUCAGAAUCCGAAUACUUUGAUGGUCAGCCGGUCAAAGUGCGCACACUUUCACGAGCUGCGCUUACACACCGACUCAGGAAGAUGAAGAGCAAGAUGGUCAAAUGCAAGCAGUGUGAAAACUACAUUGUUGUCAAUGGGGUUGACUGUGAGGAGUGCGGCCUGGCUUUGCACAGAAAGUGCAUGGAGGUGUGUCAGCUAGAGUGCGAGCACAGGAAGGGGACUGUGUUCGGGGUGGACCUCUCUCUGCUGUCAGGUGACAGGCCAGACGGUGUGCCCUUUGUGGUGCUGCUCUGCACGUCUGAGAUUGAGAGCCGAGCUCUCUCGGUCCAGGGGGUGUAUCGCGUGAGUGGGUCCAAGCCCCGCAUCCAGAAGCUCUGUCAGACCUUUGAGAUGCAAAAGGAGCAAGUGGACCUCUCUGAACAUUCCCCCCAUGACAUCACCUCAAUCCUUAAGCACUUCUUCAAGGAGCUCCCAGAGCCCUUACUAACCUUUGACCUGUACAAUAAUUUCAUCACGGUGGGAAAGACCAUUCAGCACCUGAAUGAAAAGGAGCCGGCACCAGACACUAACGAGACAACGGCCAUCAUGCUCAGCCUGCAAAAGCUACUACAGAAACUCCCUCCAUAUUGCUACAGCACCCUGCAGCACAUGGUGUCUCACCUGCAAAAAGUUUCAGAGAACUACGAGAACAAGAUGUCGGCGAGCAAUUUGGGUAUCAUGUUUGGGCCGACACUAUUGCGCCCUCUUGUGUCUACGGACAUGUCAAUGAUUGCCCUGCUGGAAACCAGUUAUCAAGCUGUACUUGUUGAGUUCCUCAUCACACACCGUGACAAGGUUUUCGGCGUUCAUCGGCGACCCAGUACGCCUCCUCCCCCGGCCCCCACUGCACCUCUCCCAGACACCCCACCCAGAGCUUCCUGUGCCCUUGAUGGGGAAGUUUACACCAGCUCGGAACAUGAAACCUCCUCCAGAGAGCGGCCGCACUCACUUGAAAGUCGAACAAUCAAGAGAGAGUCAAGCGAGGGUUAUAUAUCUGACAAGUCUUCAUCCAAUGAGGCGGUGGACCAGCUCAGCCCUGAAGCCAAUGAGAGAGCAGUCUUGGCUAUGAGAGGGGCAUCGAGCAAUCCUCAGAGUGAGCCGAUGGGGGAACCGGACUCGGGUUUGGGAACACAGCCACACUAUCGCUUCACCAGACAGCCUGUGAAGUAUUACCGGCAUCAUAACCCAGGAAUCCGACUCUCCAAACCAGGUUGCGCUGCCAGACAGCCUGCAGCCCCAGCAAGAGGAUGUGCAGGGAGUGCAGACAGCAGUCGCAGCUCUUCUCCAGAGCCAGGGACACAGAGACUUUCCCCAAACGUAGGCGCCCGCUUUGAGAACACCCUUCAGACCCACCAGGCCACCGUUGCCGCAGAGAAUACAGUGGACGUCCCACUGAAUCCCCGCGAGGUCGUCCAGUACAUGCUGGGACUGGACUCAAUAUUUACAUCAGCUGCAACCACAACAUCAUCCAGUACAACACGGGAGUCUUCUCAGGAGGUGGCAUCUGUGAGUCAAGCUACUCAGAUUCUGUCCAACGACAGACAGAGUCAAUCAUCAAAGACACUUCCUGUUGAACGCAACCUGACCUCACCAGCACAGAAGAUCCUGUAUGGCCUGAAGCUGAGACGGAGCCACUCAGGGAAGGACGAGCAGCUGUUUGUCUGAGGAAAGAUAGAAAUCUCGAGACAGUUCAGUGAAAUACAUUCACACACGCUGGAAGAUACACAAUAAUGUAUAUCUCCUUUAUUGUAUGGAACCACUAUCAAGAUUCAUGCCAUUUUAUAUUAUUCAAACGCUGUCAUAUUUUACACACAAGUAUAUAUAAACAAAAAAUGUAACUGUCUUCAUAAAGAAUGACUGAGGAAACUCAAUCAUAAAGGAAACACAGUUGAAAACGUCAGACUUAAUGCUUACUUGGAUGCCACCGCCUUAUUAAUCCUCUUUAAGAUGUUUGAUCUGUUGACCCUCCAACUGUCUAAUAUCCAGACCAAACGAGACAGGUUCAGUUUUUUAAUGGCUGUAUUUGAAUGUAACAACCAGGUGGUUUGAGGUUGCAGGUUAAGUGAUGAAAACUAUAGCACAUAAGUAUCAAGUUCUUGUUUUUGUCCUGAAAAAAACCAAUAAUGAAAUGCCGCUAAAUACAAAUACCAUCAAGUGUUGUAUUUUUAAGAUGAUAAUAUUGAGAUAUGGUUGAUACAAUUUAUAUAUUUGUUGUGCUUUUUAAAUUUGUGUAAGCUCCAGAUGGGAAAGGAGUCACAGUGAAGACAUCUUAACGCUUGAUAUAUCAUCUUAGUUUCAUGCACCUCUUCUGUUUUGACACAGGGGGGCGGUGUCCUCCCAGCGUGGGUGUAAAACCUGCCAGACACAAUAGAGGAAGGGCAAUAAACCGCUUAUUUUUAAUUGCAUGUUUUGAGAUGUCACUUUUCCUCCUUCUAUAUCAGCUUUGUUCAACCAUGGGUCUGUUUCAGUUUUGAGUAAAAUGCCACAUAAAAGUGAGGCAACAUUUUCCGAUGUCUCGAUGGAAUUACAUGGUUGACUCUGA